UUGCACUCAUCAAUUCUUCUAAGUAACCAAUAACCAUUAAUUUCCUUUUCUUUGGUUAUGGAGAUUGGGAUCCUAUAUUCUCUUCUCUUAUUCUUCUUCUUCUUCUUGCUCUUUCUGAGUCUAAUAAAUCCAUCAUCAUCAUUCAAGAAAUCCAACAAAACCUUACCCCCAGGUCCAUGGAAGCUUCCAUUCCUAGGUAACUUACACCAACUUGCAGGGUCACCGCCCCUACACUGCCUGAGAGACCUUGCCAACAAGUUUGGACCUCUCAUGCAUCUUCAGCUUGGCCAAACUUGCUUUAUCAUUGUCACUUCCCCAGAAAUAGCCAAACAGGUUUUGAAAACUCAUGACCACAUCUUCGCCAACAGACCAAACCUUCUUGCCGCUCAAAUCAUUGGCUACAACAAUACUGAUAUUGCCUUUGCCCCAUAUGGACAUUAUUGGAGGCAGCUCCGAAAGAUUUGUACUUUAGAGCUUUUGUCUGUGAAGAGAGUCCAAUCGUUCUCAAGUAUAAGGGAAGAAGAGAUAUCUGAACUUGUCAAGUUCAUGACUGAACAUGAAGGUUCUGCUAUUAAUCUUCGUGAAAAGAGUUUCGCUCUCACAAAUUCCAUUGUUGCUCGUGCUGCUUUUGGUAGGUCCAAGAACGUUGAAGCUGUGUUGUCCAUUUUGCAACGUACGGUAGGGCUGGCAAGUGGAUUCAAGAUCGCUGAUCUUUUUCCUUCGCUCAAGAUUCUUCCUGUGAUUACUGGGAUGAAAGCUAAGAUUGAGAAGCUGCAUCGAGAUUGUGAUAGGAUAUUGCAGGAUGUCAUUACUGAUCAUGAAGAGAAGAAGAAUAUCAUCAGGAACAAGAAUGAUGAUGAUGAUGAUCCUGACGUUGUGAAUCAUCAAGAAGAAGAUCUCGUUGAUGUUCUUCUCAAGAUCCAAAAGGACAACGACCUUGAAAUCCAAUUGUCUUAUGACAAUAUCAAAGCUGUAAUUCUGGACAUGUUUUCAGCUGGAACUCGGACAUCAGCCCAAACUAUAGAGUGGAUAAUGUCUGAGUUGUUGAAAAAUCCAGAGAUAAUGAAAGAGGCACAAGGAGAGGUAAGAAGGGUCUAUGAAAACAAAGGAUAUGUAGACGAAUCAGAAUUACACAAACUGAAAUAUAUAGAUGCUGUGAUCAAAGAAACCUUGAGGCUCCACCCUCCACUUCCAUUACUAAUUCCAAGAGAAAGUAGCAAGAGGUGUGAAAUAAAUGGUUAUGAGAUACCACAAAAAACUAGGGUUAUUAUUAAUGCUUGGGCACUUGGAAGAGAUCCAAAGUACUGGAAUGAAGCAGACAAGUUUCAACCUCAAAGAUUCAUUAAUAAUACUUCAAUUGAGUACAGUUUUAGAGGCACAGAGUUUGAGUAUAUUCCAUUUGGGUCAGGAAGGAGGAUAUGUCCUGGAAUCUCAUUUGGUUAUGCAGUGAUCGAGUUGGUUAUUGCUAAAUUGCUUUAUCAUUUUGAUUGGAAGCUUCCCAAUGGAAUGAAGCCUGAGGAAUUUGAUAUGGAUGAAUCUGUUAGUGCUGAUGGGGCAAGAAAAAAUGCUUUAUGCUUAGUUCCAAUGGUCAAUCACCCUUAAUUAGCUUUAUUCAAUAAUACUUAUGAGAGAAUAAACAAGGGAUGGUUUUAGAAUAUCAACAUACCAGCAUAGAUAAUAUUGUACUCUGUUAGAACAUCAAGAUUAUGGGAAAAAAAUUAUUGGUCCUAGCAAUAAUUUUAGCCUGUUUUGAUAUUAGCCUUUA